CAACAAACAUGAAUAAAAGAAAGUUUAAUCCAUCACUAAAAAUUCAAAAUAACCCUGAGGACCAAAAUCUUAUAGUUCCAGUUUACGUUAAUCAGAAAUUCGAAUUCUCAGAUGAGAUAAAAAAUGUCAAUGAUCAUGUAUCUCAUAUGGAAGAGCUUUUUGGUGAUGUUGUUAUCACAAUUGAUCCGAUAUAUGAUUCAACAUUUAGAUACCAAUCGGAUAAGAUUCAAGAAUUUACAACUAUCCUUCGAAAAUUUAAUCCACAAACUUUUCUCAAC